AAUCAUGCCUGUUGAGGAAAGUGGACGAGCGCAGCUUUUUAAGAAUAGCAGUCGUGCAGAUGAUUCUCGAAGGAACCGCCAAGACAUGGUCAGCAAGCUCCGAAAAGACAAGAGGACGGAACAGAUGCUCAAACGUCGACAGGUAGUGGAGGAUAGUGAGAAUGAAGUUACCGACAAGGAUUCCAACGCGGUCCCUCCACCGGACCCAGUCCAGAUAAAAGCUCUUAUUGAUAGUAGUAACGAUAUUAACGUUAUCUUGGGGGCUGUACAGAACUGCAGAAAGGUGCUAUCCCGAGAACAGAGUCCACCAAUAGACGAGGUGAUAGAUUCAGGUCUCCUCCCCAAACUGGUCCAGUUCCUGCUCUGUGAUGAUAACCCUGCUCUCCAGUUUGAGGCUUGCUGGGCCCUCACCAACAUUGCUUCAGGUACGAACAAGCACACCAAGGCGGUUGUGGAGUGUGGUGCAGUGCCUCACUUUAUCAAACUACUGAGCUCCGAUCACGUUAACGUUUGUGAGCAAGCAGUUUGGGCGCUAGGUAACGUAGCUGGUGACGGAUCUACCUACCGCGACUUUGUGAUAAACUGUGGCAUUAUCCAACCUCUCAUCAAACUAGUCAACCCGGAAGUUUCCAUGGGAUUCCUGAGAAACAUCUCCUGGACUAUGAGCAAUCUUUGCAGGAACAAGGACCCUCCACCCACGAUGGAGACUAUAGAAUCACUGAUCCCCACUAUCUGCAACCUCUUAUCCUAUGGAGACAAGCACGCUCUCAGUGAUGCUUGCUGGGCUCUUUCUUAUAUCACCGACGGCAGCAAUGAUAGAAUUCAGAGAGUGAUAACUUCAGGAAUAAUCGCUAAACUGGUGGAACUGUUGGGCCACGCUGAGGUCCUGGUGGUUACCCCAGCUCUCCGUGCUGUUGGCAAUAUCGUUACUGGUAACGAUGAACAGACACAAGCCGUGAUCAGUUCCGGUGCUCUGAAACACUUUGAGAAGUUGUUGUGGCACAAGAAAAACAACAUCCAGAAGGAGGCUGCCUGGACUAUGAGUAACAUUACUGCUGGAACAAAACAUCAGAUUCAGUCUGUGAUAGACGCCAAUCUGCUACCCUACAUUAUAGACGUGUUGUCACGCGGUGACUACAAGACUCAGAAGGAAGCAGUGUGGGCCGUCACUAACCUGACCAGUGGUGGAACACCUGAACAGACACUACAACUGGUUGAACUGAAGGCUCUGCCCCCUCUCUCCAACAUGCUGACAGUACAGGACCCUCGUACUGUAACUGUGGCCCUGGACGGUAUACACAACAUUCUCACUGCUGCUAACAAGAUAUCAGAGGAGGUAUGCAGUAAAGUAGCUAUUAUGCUUGAGGAAUGUGGAGGAUUGGAUCUGAUAGAGAAACUGCAGGAACACGAAAACGAAAGUAUCUACGCUAAAUCCGCCCUGAUAAUAGAGUCGUUCUACAAAGGUGAGGACGGAGAGAACGAGGAGCUCCAGCCACAAGUUACAAACGGACAAUAUCUCUUCAACGCCCCUACUAAUAACACUGGCAAAAUCUCCUUCUAAUCGACUAAUUGGCUGAUUAGUUAAUUGUUUCAUUGAUUAAUUAGUGUAAUUGGUCAAUUAGUUGGUUUUUGUUCUCCAAUCCAGCAGAGUGCACCCAUCGCUGACGAUUUUCAUGUGUUGAACUUCUUGUCGCAGUUAUGUGACUUUUUAAGAAUUUAUUUGUUAUUUGAUAGAAUUUUUGGUCGGUUCCUAUAUUUUUAUUUUUGGGCAACGGUAUUUUCUAGUCUUCAUGUGACUAAUCCAUUGAUUUGAUAAAUUUUUACUGAAUUUAUUUUUAGUUAUUUUUAUGUUUCUAAGAUAGGACUAAAUUUGCGCGUGUACUGUUUCCUUAUACAAUUGGGGCGCAGUCUUCAGCAUGUAAAUUAACACUAUGACUAAUAAUAUGUUAAAUAGUUUUUCAUUGUAGCAAGCCGUGAAUAUUUCCUAAAACCCUAUCGUUGUUUUUAAAACAACAAACUUAAAAACGUGAAAUUCCAUUUUCUGCUCUUGCAGAUUGUUGAGAAGUGAAAUUGAUUGAGAGUAAGUUGUGAAGUGAAAUUGAAGGAGAUACUUAUUCCAAGUUCUUAACAGAUCUUGAUGAUUGAUAAUUGAUGAAUAAAGAAUCCUCGAGAUUUGAGGUUGGAUGAUAGUUGUUAUGGCGAAUUAUCUUAUUUGUUUUUAAA